UCCCUCUCUCUGGCCGGCUGUGGCGUGAUGGUGGCGCUUGUCUCCCUUAUUCGCUCUGCGACGGGAAGGAAAGAGGUCGCGCGGUUGGAGAGGGAGGAACGAGCCGCCUGGCCGGGUUUUGUGGCUUCCCAGGUCAGAGAAUCGAGGCGCCAGAAGUCGACAGGUACCCAGUGAGGUGUAGUAGUGGAUUGAGUGACAGACCGGGACUGUGGAGACCAGGGGUCAGAUCGCUGCUCAGCCAUGGAAGCCCACUGGGGAACUGGAACUGAGGAAGCCUCUAACAGAAUGGAGGAAAUGCCAAUACUUUCAGCAGCCAGAACGCACAAGUGACCUUCCACUGUUGAAAAGCGGACCUGAAAGAGAUGGGAAGAAAGAUGUGUAUGUUGGAAGGAGAUAAGAAGAUGGGAUGGCAGAAGUGUGAAGGAAGGAAGAUAAUUUUAAAAAAUCCCCAAACAUGUAUUUUUUUGAAACAACAACAGACAAUUCUGAUAAAAAUAACCUCCUGAUUACUGCUGGGCACUGCUCUGGGUUUUUUAAAGCAUCUUGCAUUAAAACACAUUUUUAUGGCGCCAGGUACAAUGUCCUCCUUGAUUAGAGUCUCAGCAAGAAGCACCGUCUCCACUUUGCAUGGGAAAGGACGUUUGUUUUCUAAAUGUGUUUCAAGCCAGGACAAAGUAGCAUGGAAACGUUUGCUUGCCAAACACCCCUUUUUUUCUUUGCUGGCGAGCUGCAAUUGCAGCCUCAACCAUAUUGCUGCUGUUCAAAAAGCUUUCCGACAUACCUCAACAGAAGAAGAAGACUUCUCCUUCCACCUUACGCCAUUACAGAUCAAUGACAUCUUAAGGGCUAAUGAAUUGUCCCACACGGUCCCUGAAUUUGAUGGGAAAAACCCAAGCUCUGUGCUGAAAUUUGAGAGUAAUCACUUGGCUGCGAACAACCCAACAGAAGACCGCAGAAGUGCAACUACUUGCUUGCAGACCAGAGGGAUGAUGUUUGGAGUCUUUGAUGGCCAUGCAGGUUAUGCUUGCGCCCAGUCCGUCGGUGAGAGGCUGUUUUUUUACAUUGCCAUUUCCCUUCUGUCCCAGAAAAGACUGGAGGAAAUGGAGUGUGCCAUGGAGUCUAUGAAGCCAGUUCUGCCUGUUCUGCAGUGGCACAAACAUCCAAACGACAGCUUCUUUCAAGAGGUAGCUUCUCUGUAUUUGGAGCAGCUCAGGGUUUAUUGGCAAGACUUGCUGAACACGGACAUGGAACUAGGCCUUAGAAUAGAAGAGGCUUUGACCUAUGCAUUCAAAAGGCUGGAUUCAGACAUAUCAUUGGAGGCUCAGGCUCCCUCUGAAAAUCAACUGAUGAGAAACAUUGCUCUUCAGGUGGCUUUCUCAGGGGCAACUGCCUGCAUAGCUCAUGUUGAUAGUGUUCAUUUGCACAUUGCAAAUAGUGGUGACUGCAGAGCAGUUCUAGGGGUUCAGAAUCAAGAUGGGACGUGGUCCGCCCUGCCACUUACUCGAGAUCACAAUGCGUUCGACAAGCUGGAAAUCUUAAGAAUGAGAAGGGAACAUCCUGCUGAAGAAGAGGGCACACUCAUUGUGAACAACAGGUUGCUUGGUAUCCUUGUGCCUUCAAGAGCUUUCGGAGAUGUCCAGUUCAAGUGGAGCCAGGAACUGCAGCAGAGUGUGCUGGGAAAUGGCUGCAGCACAGAAGCUCUGAACAUUUACCAGUAUGUGCCUCCAAACUAUCACACACCUCCUUAUUUAACGGCAGAGCCGGAAGUCACCUACCACAAAAUUGGAAGGCAGGAUAAAUUCUUAGUGAUUGCUUCAGAUGGUCUAUGGGACAUGUUGAGUAAUGAAGAGGUAGUCAAGUUGGUGGCAGGCCAUCUGGUUGAAGCGAAUGUCAAGAAGGCGCGUGUGACUCUUAAGAAACCAGCCAAACUGGGUUACAUGCAAAACUUGCUACGUCAGAGGAAGGCCAAGCAUAUCUACUCUUAUGACCAGAACGUAGCUACCCACCUCAUCCGACAUGCAAUUGGCAAUAAUGAAUAUGGAGUGAUUGAUCCAGAAAGGCUGAUGGCAAUGCUAACUCUUCCUGAGGACUUAGCACGCAUGUAUAGGGAUGAUAUCACAGUUACUGUAGUAUAUUUUAAUUCUGAUGUAAUUGAAGAGCACUACAGAGAGAAUGAAUAAGGGACUCAUUUUGUUACGAAAUGUCGAUAUCAAACCCAAGGUCCACUAGGACUUUUUGUGUACUUUGCCCAUUCCCUAGGAAUGCUAUUGUAUAGAAGCUCCUUAAUCUGUAUUGAGUGUCUCAGCAGCCUAAUCUUUGGUGCUUUUAAUAAAGAAUUAAUGUAACAAUUAAAAUAUGUGAUUUGGUUAAA